AUGGAUAACACAUUCAACCUUCAAUCUUCUUCUUCCUUCCCAGUAUACGACCACAAGCCUCUUCUUCUUUAUGAUCUCGUAGUGUAUACAGCUAUGGAUUCAGUCUCUGAGGGAGUGUCACUACUCAUCCAUGAGCAUCCUAUGGUGCCUUGGAAUGAUAUGGGGAGAGGUGAUUGCUGUAGACGCUAUGAAUCUAUCACGGAUGGCUACUAUUGCAAAAUCUGCGACUUUUUCGUCCACAAGAUAUGUGGCGACGAGGCCUCCGAAUAUAUUCAACACCAAUCUCACUCCCUUCACACUCUUCAGCUGCUUCCAAGUAAACUUCAUUAUUGCGAUUUAUGUGGAAGGAAUAUUAAGGAUCGAUGCUAUUGUUGUGAGAUAUGUGACUUCGACGUGUGUCUAUACUGUGCCAAGUACCCACCACCACCAGAGGUUAUUGACAUUUCCGAGACGCAUCCUCACAAGCUCACACAUGUCAAGGAGCGGACAGAGUUUGUCUGUGAUGCCAAAUGUGGAAAGCGUGGUUAUGGGUUUCCUUACAAAUGUGACGAAUGUGAUUUAGCAUUCCAUGUGGAGUGCGUAUGGUACUCAUACCCAUCGGAUGUGAUACGCCCCAAAGAAGUAAACCACUCUUACCAUUCUUUGCACCCUCUUAAGCUCCUUACAGGCCAUCCACCAGACUACUCCGAUGGAAAAUGUCGUCUGUGUGGAAGAAAGGUUGAUAAAUGGUUUUAUCAUUGUUCUUCUUGUAACUUCACCUUGGAUUUGCGCUGUGUUUUGACCCCACCUCCCAAGAAUCUUGUGGAUUUGAAAGUGCAUGAUCACCAACUCACCCUUCUCCCAAGACUGGAUUCUUUUACAUGUAAUGCUUGCGGGCUCAAGGGAGAUCGAAGCCCUUACGCAUGUUUUCAAUGUGGUUUCAUGAUCCAUCGAGCCUGUCUUCGCCUUCCACGCGUCAUAAACAUCAACCGGCAUGAGCAUCGCGUUUCUCGCACUUCCUUGCUUGGUAUUGAUGUUGCGGAUUCUGUGUGUGGAAUUUGUCGCCAGAAGGUGGAUUGGACUUGUGGGGGUUAUUCUUGCCAGAGCUGUCCAGGUUAUAUCGUUCAUUCCAAAUGUGCUACAAGAUGGAAUGUAUGGAACGGGAUAGAACUCGAAGGAGUAGCUGAAGAAAUAGAAGAUAUAGAGCCAUAUGUGGUGAUAGACGCCAACACAAUACAACAUUUCAGCCACAAAGAGCAUUAUCUAAGACUUAAUGAUGAUGGUAUUCUGUAUGAGGAGGAAAACCGUUGCAGCAUAUGUUCCCAUUCCAUUUGUCUCCAAUCCUUUUAUGGCUGUCUCACUUGUGAUUUCAUUCUCCAUAAAAAAUGCGCUAAACUUCCUAAGAAGAAACGACAUGUGUUACACAAUGAUCGACUUACGUUAGUUACAACAGACGAGGCCGAUUACUUUUACUGCAUUGCUUGUUCUAGAAUGUCCAAUGGUUUCAGGUACAAAGCUGAGGAUGCGGUGUUAGAUGUCCGAUGUGGUUUGAUUUCUGAGCCAUUUGUCCAUCCAAGUCAUCCCAACCAUCCCUUAUAUGCCAUUCCAGGUAGACUUCCUAUGCCAUGCAUUAAUUGCAAUCUUGAUUGGGGACCUUCUAUGCUCAGUUGCAUUGAAGAUGGUUGUGAAUUUUCUUUAUGCAUCGGUUGCGCCACUUUACCACAAGUUGUAAAGCACAGAGUUCACGAUCAUCCUCUCACACUGUGCUAUGGCGACGAUGCAAGUGGAAAAUACUGGUGUGACAUUUGUGAGACAGAAACUGAUCCAAGCAAGUGGUUCUACACGUGUAAAGAUCACCAUGCUAGUUUGCAUAUAGAGUGUGUGCUCGGAGAGUUUGGAGGGCUCAUGCCAAGAAGCACAGUAGAGAUUGAGUACAAGUCAUAUGAGGUGGUGCUCAAUGAUAGUGUAUCUCGCCCAAUUUGCACCAAGUGUAAGUCGCGUUGCUAUGACCCUAUCAUCUUGAAGAUGCUUGGUAUCUCAUAUGCGUACAUUUGCUCUUUGCGCUAUGCAUUUACUUUCUGUUAG